CAUACUAGUCGGUCAUGUGAUCAGUGGCUCGUGCCCCCGGAGUCGCCCCGUCCUUCCAAGUUGAAAGACACAUCAAAGAACGCGCAGCAGCGCGAGACGGAGAGCGAGCAGCAUUCCUAAACUGGGGAUCUGGAUGCGGUGACUUCCACACCGACUCGUCUUUUUGUUUCUUUUACUCGUGGUGAUCUUCCUUCAACUUAUCAACAUGGCCGGGGCAAUUAUUGAAAACAUGAGCACCAAAAAGUUGGUCAUCGUGGGAGUUAUACUGCUUUUGUUCCAGGCGUUUUCUUUCAUGGUCGGCGGGUUGAUCGCCCCCAGCCCCACCUCUGCGGUCCACUACCUGGCCACCAAGUGCGUGGACACGGCCAAAUACCACCAGAGCAACAAGUGGUUCAUGCCCUGGGGCCCCAAUCAGUGCGACAAGAUCCGGGACUUUGAUGAGGCCAUGGCCAAGGAGAUCGAGGCCAACAACAUAGUGUUCUCCAUCCACAUCCCCCUGCCCAACAAGGAGAUGAGCCCUUGGUUUCAGUUCAUGCUGGUCAUCCUGCAGUUCGACAUCGCCUUCAAGAUGUACAACCAGAUAGACGAGGGAGCAAUAGCCACCAUCGACGUGGGGCUGGCCUACAGGGAUGACUCUCUGUCUGAGUGGACUGAGAUGGCUCACUCUAUAGAGCAGAGGAAACUCAGCUGUAACUUCACCACCUCCAAGACCUAUGAGAAUGAGGGCCGGUACUAUGAGUGUGCCCUGCUGCCCUUCAUGGAGGUGGGCAGCGUGGCCCACAAGUUCUACCUGCUCAACAUCCGGCUGCCUGUCAGCGAACGCAAGAAGAUCAACGUGGGCAUCGGAGAAAUCAAGGACAUCAGACUGGUGGGCAUACAUCAGAACGGGGGCUUCACCAAGGUGUGGUUCGCCAUGAAGACCUUCCUCACCCCCACCAUCCUCAUCAUCAUGAUCUGGUACUGGAGACGGAUCGUCCUCAUGACCCGCCCCCCCGUCCUGCUGGAGAAGGUGAUCUUUGCUCUGGGCAUUUCCAUGACGUUCAUCAACCUCCCGGUGGAGUGGUUCUCCGUGGGCUUCAACUGGACUUGGAUGCUGCUGUUCGGAGACAUCCGCCAGGGCAUCUUCUAUGCCAUGUUGCUGUCCUUCUGGAUCAUCUUCUGUGGAGAGCACCUCAUGGUACGACCCCUGACCCAGAGGGGGGGGGGGGCAAGAGAUAGGGGGGGUGGCAGAGAAGGGGAGGGUGUUCCUGCGAGCCUUCCUGUGAGUGAUGCUGUUUUGAUGUCUCAGGAUCAGACGGAGAGGAACCGUUUCUCUCUCUACUGGAAGCAGGUGGGACCAAUCGUGUUCGGCUCAUUCUGUCUCUUCAUCUUCGACAUGUGUGAGAGGGGUGUGCAGCUGAAGAACCCCUUCUACAGUAUCUGGGCGUCGGACGUGGGGACAGAGCUGGCCAUGGCAUUCAUCGUGGUGGCCGGGAUCUGCGCCUGCCUGUACUUCCUGUUCCUGUGCUUCAUGGUGUUCCAGGUGUUCCGAAACAUCAGUGGCAAGAGAUCCUCCCUGCCGGCAAUGUCCAAGGCCAGGAGGCUACACUACGAGGGUCUGAUCUUCAGGUUCAAGUUCCUCAUGCUGGUCACCCUGACCUGUGCUGCCAUGACGGUCAUCUUCUUCAUCAUCAGCCAGGUGAAUGAGGGCCACUGGCGCUGGGGAGACUACACGCUGCAGGUGAACAGCGCCUUCUUCACAGGGAUCUACGGCAUGUGGAACCUAUAUGUGUUCGCCAUCAUGUUCCUCUACGCCCCCUCACACAAACGCUACGGAGACGACACGUCUGCAGGGGGCGGAGGAGCUAACAGUGGAGAGGACAUCCAGCUGACCACCACCAUCACACAUGUGGACGGACCCACAGAGAUCUACAAGAUGACGGGCAAAGAGGCUCAGGAGUAGACCCCUCUCUACACCCUCCCUGCUGCCCUCCCCCUCUCUACACCCUCCCUGCUGCCCUCCCCCUCUCCCUCCCUACUGCCCUCACCCUCCCUACUGCCCUCACCCCCUCCACACCCUCCCCCUCCCUACUGCCCUCACCCCUACAUCCUCACCCUCCCUACUGCCCUCACCCCCUCUACACCCUCCCUACUGCCCUCACCCCUUCACUCUCCCUACUACCCUCACCUCUACACCCAUCCCUACCCUCACCCCAGACCCCCCAACCACACCUCCUGUGGUACUUUCCCCCACCUCUCCACUACCCCAACACCCUCAAACCUGUCACCCACCUAACUACCCCCCUUCCUAACUACCCCCCCUAAACCUCACCUACAGUACUUCCUGACCCCAACUUCCGGUUUAAAAAAUGUAUAGCAGCAACUUUAUCGGUACCUUCUAAACAGAAUGAGUCCUCGUUUCAUGGUCAAGCAUGGGUGUCUGUCUAGACCCAGACAGAACCUGUCACCCAUUAUCAGUGUGUAAAUAUGUUUCUUCUGUGCUUGGCGGAGAAGUCGUGCUGACUGGUUCACCUGGGGGAGAGGAGGGAGCGCCAUCUGAUGGCCAGACGGGAUUGUUGCAGCCUUCUCUGGAAUCACCUACUGAGAUGUUAGCAGGAACUUUGUUCCAGGGGAGCUAUCCUUCAUCCUCUAGGUUCUCCCUCCAGCCCAGCAUGCCUGACAGGUCUCUGAUUGGUUAUUUGGCUGAGACAGGUGAGCUGAGCCAGGGGAGUUCUAGCUGGAGGGAACAGCUCUUCUGGAACCAACAGGAUCAGUUACACAGCCACACUCACCUGCUCCUUCCACUUGCUGUCAAACCCUGUCAGGGUGCACAGCUGAUUGGCUAACUCGGUAGUAACUCAGUAAUGUUGAUUGGCUAGCUCCAGUUUGUCGGCCAUGCUGAUUGGCUAACACAGUGGACAGGAAGUAAAUGCUGUUUUGUUGUUUUUUUUUUACACUCCUUCAGUUCUGGAAAUAAAUAGCCUGUUUCAUAUUCCAGAACCGCAUUGAUAAUCACUGAUUUAUUAUCAAUGUGAUCGUGGUACAAGGUCAAGUAUAAAUAUAUUUCUAUUGUUAGUAAUCUCUGUACGGUGUAACACUUUAUUUGGAGUUAGUCUCUCACCUAAACACCUCCAUUGUAGCCUUAGUAGAAACCAGUACAGACUUCCUCAGAAUGGCCCUCAGAGGAAUGGAUGUCAUGCAGGGGCUGUUUUGCUGGAAGCUACAAACUCAUGUUGCUAUGUAGAUAUAUUUUUCAUAAAAGUGCAUAUUUUCAACUAUAUAUGCUUCUGUUGUUUCACUCUGACUUCCUGUUGUGGCCGGACAGACUCCUGACGCCUGUUUAGAGGUUUUACAUGUGGGAUUGUAGUCAUUUUGUGCUUUUUAUGCUAAUUUAAAUACAUGAAUAAAAGGUUUUACUGUC